GGAGGGCGGGGGUCGGCGCCCGUGGCGAGGAGGCUGAGAGCCGGCGGGAGGGGCCGACGGAGGGCGGGAGCGCGCCUGCUGACAUGUUGGGGGCAUCCCUGAACUGGCCUGGCCGGGGCUGAGAACUGUGCUGUGGGCCGGGGGCGGGUCUCUGUCCGUCCCUCCUUCCCUUCGUCUCGCCCCGUCCAGCGUUCCUCACUUCGUGCCCUCGGAGAGGGAACCAGGGAAUCGGCGGGAGGGCCGGGGGGCAAAGGAGCAUUCUCCUGAGACUGGAGGAGGCUGGACUGCGUCCCCACCCAGCCCGCGCCUAUGCGGUACUUGAAGGAUGGCGAAGAGGUCGCGCAGUGAGGAUGAGGAUGAUGACCUUCAGUAUGCCGAUCAUGAUUAUGAAGUACCACAACAGAAAGGAUUAAAGAAACUCUGGAACAGAGUAAAAUGGACAAGAGAUGAGGAUGAUAAGUUAAAGAAGUUGGUUGAACAACAUGGAACUGAUGAUUGGACUCUAAUUGCCAGUCAUCUUCAGAAUCGUUCUGAUUUUCAGUGUCAGCAUCGAUGGCAGAAAGUUUUAAAUCCAGAAUUGAUAAAGGGUCCCUGGACUAAAGAAGAAGAUCAGAGGGUUAUUGAAUUAGUUCAGAAAUAUGGCCCAAAAAGAUGGUCUUUAAUUGCAAAACAUUUAAAAGGAAGAAUAGGCAAGCAGUGUAGAGAAAGGUGGCAUAAUCAUCUGAAUCCUGAGGUAAAGAAAUCUUCCUGGACAGAAGAGGAGGACAGGAUCAUUUAUGAAGCACAUAAGCGGUUGGGAAAUCGUUGGGCAGAAAUUGCCAAACUACUUCCUGGAAGGACUGAUAAUUCUAUCAAAAACCAUUGGAAUUCUACUAUGCGAAGAAAAGUGGAACAGGAGGGCUACUUACAAGAUGGAAUAAAAUCUUCAUCUAAACUUCAACACAAACCUUGUGCAACAAUGGACCACUUGCAAACCCAGAAUCAGUUUUACAUACCUGUUCAGAUUCCAGCUUAUCAGUAUGUGUCACCUGAAGGCAAUUGUAUAGAACAUGUUCAGACUUCUGCCUUUAUUCAGCAACCCUUUGUUGAUGAAGAUCCUGAUAAGGAGAAAAAAAUAAAGGAACUUGAGUUGCUUCUUAUGUCAGCUGAGAAUGAAGUUAGAAGAAAGAGAGUUCCAGCGCAGCCUGGAAACUUUUCUAGCUGGUCCAGUAGUUUCCUCAUGGAUGACAGCACAUCCAAUACUCUAAACAGCCUCGAGGAGCAUACUAGUGAGUUUUACAGUAUGGAUGAAAAUCAGACUCUGACUGCUCAGCAGAAUUCACCCACAAAGUUCCUGGCCGUAGAGGCAAAUGCUGUGCUGUCCUCACUACAAACCAUCCCAGAAUUUGCAGAGACUCUAGAGCUUAUCGAAUCUGAUCCUGUAGCAUGGAGUGAUGUUACCAGUUUUGAUCUUACUGAUGCUGCUGCUUCUCCUGCCAAGUCCACUCCAGUUAAACUAAUGCGGAUUCAACACAAUGAAGGUGCCAUGACUCCUGUUAAACUAAUGCGAAUUCAGCACAAUGAAGGUGCCAUGGAAUGUCAGUUUAAUGUCAGCCUGGUUCUUGAAGAGAAAAAGAACAGUUGUAAUGGUGCAGAAAGUGAGGCUGUUCCUUUAACAUCCCCCAACGUGGUCAAGUUUAGUACUCCACCAACCAUUCUCAGAAAGAAGAGAAGAACACGAGUGGGCCAGUCCCCUGGCAGUGAACUUAGCGAUGGCUCAUUCAGUGAUGGCAGUAAUACAGCUUUAAAACACACACCGGUGAAAACACUACCAUUUUCUCCUUCACAGUUUUUCAACACAUGCUCUGGAAAUGAACAAGUUAAUAUAGAAAAUCCUUCAUUUACAUCAACUCCUAUUUGUGGGCAGAAAGUUCUCAUUACAACUCCUCUUCAUAAGGAAACAACCCCCAAAGAUCAAAAGGAGAAUGUAGGGUUUAGAACACCUACAAUUAGAAGAUCUAUAUUGGGUACCACACCAAGAACUCCUACUCCUUUUAAGAAUGCGCUUGCUGCUCAGGAGAAAAAAUAUGGACCCCUUAAAAUUGUGUCACAGCCACUUGCCUUCUUGGAAGAAGAUAUUCGGGAAGUUUUAAAAGAAGAAACUGGAACAGAUAUAUUCCUCAAAGAGGAAGAUGAACCUGCUUACAAAAGCUGCAAACAGGAGCCUACUGCUUCUGUGAAGAAAGUCAGAAAAUCACUAGUUUUAGAUAAUUGGGAAAAAGAAGAACCAGGUACUCCACUAUUGACUGAAGACAUUUUAGACACGCAGUCAGAAAAUAUAUUUACAACAUCUUUAUUAAUGAUACCAUUAUUGGAAAUACAUGAUAAUAGGUGCAACUUGACUCCUGAAAAACAAGAUAUAAAUUCAACCAACAAAACAUAUACACUUAAUAAAAAGAAACCAAACCCUAACACUCCCAAAGUUGUCACAUUGGAAAAGAAUCUUCAGUCAAAUUGUGAAUGGGAAACAGUGGUUUAUGGGAAGACAGAAGACCAACUUAUCAUGACUGAACAAGCAAGAAGAUAUUUGAGCACUUACACAGCUAGCAGCAGCACUUCAAGAGCCCUCAUACUGUAAUUGUUAUUAAAAGUGAUGAAAUGCCCCACUCCCUUACAAUAUUCUAUACUAAAUUAGGUUGCAAUGAAAUUUUUGUCAAUUAAUUGUUUUUAAGGUUUUAAUACAUCCCUAAUGGUUUGCAUCUUUUUUUCAUACUUAGAAGGCAGAAAGUAAGGGGUAGGCAAUUUCAUAGUUUAUUUUUUAAGAAAUGAAAUUUUUAAAAAUUGUUUUUAAAAAACAAUGAAAAAUUACAUUGGAAUGUUCGUGGAUAAUCUAAAAGUAAAUUCUCACACAUUUUCUUCAAAAAAUAUAUGUUGCUACUCUCUUAAUGCUGCAGCUUUGUUACAGAUAGGUUUAUGUGUGGUCUCUGAAGUUAGUCUAUGUAUGGGAAGCACACAUGGUUUUAUGAAGUACCUUUGCCUGCGUGCUGAUUUACUUAGGCUGCCAUUGACAACGAAACACAAUGGAAAGGAAGUUAAAGGAAAGAUAGAAAGUUGCACUACUAAUUUUUGGUGUUUUUCAAAAACAAUAAAACUACAGUGUUAAAUGUAUUUAUUUGAGCAUAGUACUAAAAACAAAAAGCAUGGAAAAAGGGUAUUUUCCUUUGUAAAGAGUCAGUAUUUUCUUCCUAAAUCUCAGAAGAGCUGGGAGUUUGUUGAAUGUAUUGUACAGUAUGUAGGAGCAGAAAAACUUUGUAAAUUGGAAAGAAGUCUGUUUUUAUAAUUUAUUUUCAUUUUUAAAGCUUAAAUGUAGAUAUUUAUACCUGGACAGGGUGUCUAGAAGCCAGUGUUGUUUCCUGUUGUUACAGCUGACAUAUUAAAGAACAGUUUUGACUUUUAAGUAUGAAACAGUAGUAAGUUAUAGCUGCAAAAUACACAAUAUCUAUACUGCAUGUCACAUCUACCUAAAUAUUGCACUAUGCCCUUUAAAUCAUGUUGGUUAUAAAAUAGCUCUAAAAUAUGUACUAAAUAAUAAUUUAAUAUUUUCUUUUUAAAUUAUAUGGGGGGUUAUAUAAAUUAAUCUGGUGAUUUGUAUAUGUGUUUGAAAAUUUUGCAUUUUGUUUAAAAAAAUAAUAUGGUACUUUGGUCCCUAAAAACAGUCUGUACUUAGAAGUUUAUUAUAUUUACUCAAUGUUUCAGAAGUAGAGAACAUUAUUUUUUAUUUAUAAAAAUACUUUGUCCUUUUAUAAAAUUUGUGUUCCUCUGCAGGUUACAACAGUUGCUUCAGUUGCCUGUUUUAGGUGUUUGCACUUACUUUAUUUCUUCUUGAAAGAAUGUCUUUAUUUGCUUUUGUGUAGAGAUUUUAUGGUGUUUUUUUUUUUUUUGGAGAUAUAUAAAGGUGUGCUGUCAACUUAAACACUGACAGGUAAAUAGAAUUGUACACUGUAGUUUUAAUUUUUAUUUAUAAUUGACACACUCUCUCCCUCUCCACCCCUGAAGUAUAUGCUGCUAUAGACAGUAGCAGAGUCGGCUUGCUGCUAUGAGAGAAGGAAAGAGCGACCACCACUUGCACUGUGUGAAAAGAGAAAACGCAAAUGAUGGCACGUUCUCAGGUUAACUUAAUGGAAUCAACCAUUACCAGGCAGAUCCUUGCAAAUACCAAAAUACUAUGCCUUAAGACAAGAACAGCUUAAGAUUUUCUGAUGUCUUUAUGUUAGUAGAAAAGGAAAUACUAAGUAUUUUAAUGCCUAGCUCUUGAAUAGUAGUCCCAAUAGGGUUUUAAGCUAUUUAAAUCUACUAGCUUGUUUUUGCAUAUUAGAUGUGGUGAGAAGUGAAAAAAGUGUCUGCUACUAAGAUUAUGCCUUGUUGAUAACAAAUAGAUGAGCCAAUUGGAAUCUUCUUAGCAUGUUUGUUAAGUAUAUGUUGAUUGCUUCCUAAUUAGUGAACUUCUCACAGAAAUUUCACUUUGUAAAACCAAUGAUUGUAACAAAAUCAUACUGGAUUAUUUUAAUUUCAGUUGCCUUGAACUAAUAGCACAUAACGGUUCAUUUUUUGGUUUCUGGGUUUGUUUGUUUGUUUGUUUUCAAAUUUAUGUAGCCCUCAUCUGGUUUGUAUGUACAUAGUGUCCAAUCACCAAAGUAUAAUAUCUUGGGAGAGCAAAAAUUUUUAAAGCAUAAUUUUUCUUGAGCAUGAAAUUAUCCCAAAAGUAAUAUAUUGCAGAUAAGCCUGGGACUAUUGGACAUAGUACCUAUUUGGGUUGGUAUUGGUUGAAUCCUUCAGUUAACUGCUUUGUUGCUUUUUGUAAGAACUUUUUAAAUCUUAAGCAUGUCAGGCAUCUUCAGUCACCUUUGUCCUGUUGUGUUCAUUUGAAUUUCUUUCAGUAUGUUACAAAAAUGCCAGACAUACUUAUAGCAGCCAUACUUGCAUGGAAACUGAGUACACAUAUAUAAUACUGUAUUUUGUUGUAAGGUUUUCACAUUAAUACAAUUACCCUGACUAAAUUGAGUUUCUUGAUGUAUGCGAAAACUUUCCAUUGUAAGAGAAUCUUGCUUACAGUUUUGACUCUUAACAUCUGAAAUAAAGCAUCUGUGUAC